AAAUGUCUUGUGCGUGAAGCGGCGCUGCUGUUAGAUCGUCGGGGCCCCGCACGCAGCUGACUUCUCUUCUGGUGUUCUGCUCUGCAAAGCUGGAGACUUUGAAGAUGAGGGUGUGGAUCGUCUUCCUCCUUUGCCUGGCUGGCCACGCCAUGGCUGCUCCUGCUGAAGAGGAGCCCAUCGUGGAAGAGCCAGUGACCGAGGAGCCAGUGGUUGAGGAAACUGAUGUGGGGGCCAACCCAGUGCAGGUUGAGAUCGGAGAGUUUGACGAGGCCAUCGAGGUUGUCGAGGACGUUGUGGAGGACGUUGUCGCUGAGAAUCCCUGCCUGAACUACCACUGCAAGAAGGGCAAAGUGUGUGAGGUGGAUGAGAGCAACACCCCCAUGUGUGUGUGCCAGGACCCCUCCACCUGCCCUGAGGUCGAGGGAGACUUUGAGCAUAUUUGCGGCACUGACAACAAGACCUACGAGUCCUCCUGCCACUUCUUUGCCACCAAGUGCACCCUGGAGGGAACCAAGAAGGGCCACAAGCUGCACCUCGAUUACAUCGGAUCCUGCAAAUUCAUCGAGCCUUGUGUGGACAGCGAGCUGAAGGAGUUCCCCCUGCGCAUGAGGGACUGGCUGAAGAACGUUCUGGUGACUCUGUACGAGCGCGACGAGGACAACAACCUGCUGACCGAGAAGCAGAAGCUCAGGGUGAAGAAGAUCUACGAGAAUGAGAAGAGGCUUCAGGCCGGCGAUCACUCCCUCGAUCUGCUCGCCCACGACUUCGAGAAGAACUACAACAUGUACAUCUUCCCCGUCCACUGGCAGUUCGGCCAGCUCGACCAGCACCCCGUCGAUGGAUAUCUGACGCACACAGAGCUCGCCCCUCUGCGCGCUCCUCUGAUUCCCAUGGAGCAUUGCACCACCCGCUUCUUUGAGCAGUGUGAUGCCGAUGGCGACAAAUACAUCGCUCUGGAGGAGUGGGCCACCUGCUUCGGCAUCAAGGACCAGGAUGUGGACAAAGACCUCAUCAUCUGAGUCGCUCGGACCAGCAGCAGCAGUAUGACAGCUCCUAGUGGCUACUAACGGGAGAAGGUGCUGAUCCCUAAGUUAAAAACAGUUCACAGUAAUGGUGCUAACUGCAUUUCUAUUUUUGAUUUUUCUAAUAAUGACCUUUCCUACCUAUACCACUAAAAAUGAUAACAAAAGAGAAAUGUGCACAGCCUGUACUAACACCACAUGUUCAUGAAUCUCUGAAUUGUUGAACAAAAAGCUCCCUGUAAAGAAAACUAAAGACCUCUGAUGUAAAUGUUGUUGACAGUAUUAUAAAUAUGCUGCCAUGUGUUCAAGGCUUUAAUUGGAGAUCGGUUUAAACAUUUUAAACAGACAACGUUGUAAAGUGAAAAAUAAAGUUUGGAAAUAAAUGCUCCCUCUGCUUGCUUCCUGCUAAACCAGCUGUUUAGUUUUUGCACUCUUUUGGUGGUGGACUCAUUUUUUUGUGGUUGGAUGUAUUUUUGGUUUUUGGCUGACUACUGCUCCUACAGUUGUUCAUUUUUAUUUUCCAUGCAGAGUCCGUGUCCUCGACGAGGACGCGCGUGUACUGAUAUUUGAAACCAAUAAAGAGGAUAUAUUGUUGUGAUGAGGAGAAAA